AUGUCAGACUCCCAGCUUGCCGUAUCGGUGCCGGAUUUCCAUGGAAAUUACGAUGUGCGUAUCCUGGAACCGCAGCCGAGCCGUCUGGCGUUCUCCGCACGCCUACCAUGGAACCUUUUGUUUACUCGUAUUCAGGAUCUCAGUAUCGACCCUUGUACGCCCUAUGGGCUAUAUGCAACCGCCGACAAGUAUGCAACCCUACAGAGCAGCGAGGCUCGCCACCCCCUAGAAGAACCGCGCAGUCGGUAG